CAAAUGUCUGGAACAAACUAUUUUUAGUAGGCCUGGAAAAUGCUAGAAGAGAAGUCUCUAGAAAUGUCUGGAAUAUAUUUCUACAAUUAUAUAUAUACCCAGGUAUCAGACGUCCAUUCAAAUCACAAGAAGAAACACGACGAACAAGAUCUAAAGGAGAAAACAAGAAGUGAAGUGACUUGAGAAGAUUUGCAUUGGAGAUUGGAAUUGGAAAAUAAGACAAAAUUGGAAUCUAGAACCACUAUUGAAAGUAAUAAAAUAUACAGCAAAAAACAAGAAAUACAGUAUGUCUGGCAAAGCACCUGUUAUCGGUAUUGACCUGGGGACGACCUUCUCUUGUGUAGGUGUCUUCCAGCAUGGGAAAGUGGAGAUUAUAGCCAAUGAUCAGGGAAACCGAACAACACCAAGCUAUGUUGCGUUUAAUGACUCUGAAAGACUCAUUGGAGAUGCCGCCAAGAACCAAGUAGCGAUGAACCCUCGAAACACAGUCUUCGAUGCCAAACGUUUGAUUGGUCGAAAGUUUGGAGAUUCUGUGGUACAGUCUGAUAUGAAACAAUGGCCGUUUAAAGUUACAAACGAUGGGGGUAAACCUAAAAUUGAGGUGGACUAUAAAAAUGAACUUAAAAAAUUUACCCCUGAGGAAAUCAGUUCAAUGGUUUUGACAAAAAUGAAGGAAACCGCAGAAGCAUACUUGGGUCAAAAGGUCACUGAAGCAGUAAUCACUGUCCCUGCUUAUUUCAAUGACUCUCAGAGACAGGCUACUAAGGAUGCUGGCCACAUUGCAGGGCUGAACGUCAAGCGUAUUGUAAACGAGCCAACUGCUGCAGCCCUUGCAUAUGGACUUGAUAAAAAUAUGCGGGGAGAAAAGAAUGUACUGAUAUUCGAUCUUGGUGGUGGCACUUUUGAUGUGUCAAUCUUAACUAUCGAUGAGGGUUCAAUGUUUGAAGUUCGAGCCACUGCAGGUGAUACACAUCUUGGUGGGGAAGACUUUGAUAUGAGAAUGGUAAACCACUUUGUACAAGAAUUCAAACGCAAAAACAAGAAGGACAUUUCCAACAACCCAAGGGCUAUGAGACGUCUCCGAACAGCAUGUGAGAGGGCAAAGCGCACAUUGUCAAGUAGUUCACAGGCAAGCAUUGAAAUAGACUCCCUAUUUGAAGGCAUCGACUUCUAUACUUCAAUCACAAGAGCAAGGUUUGAAGAACUCUGUGCUGAUCUAUUCCGUCAAACCUUAGAACCAGUUGAAAAAGCAUUACAGGACGCCAAACUUGAUAAAUCACGUAUUGAUGAUGUCGUAUUGGUUGGUGGCUCUACAAGAGUGCCAAAAAUACAGAAAUUAUUGCAAGAUUUCAUGGGUGGGAAAGAACUCAAUAAAUCUAUCAAUCCAGAUGAAGCAGUUGCAUACGGUGCUGCAAUCCAGGCAGCCAUCUUAUCUGGGGUGAAGGAUGAGAAAGUUCAGGAUCUCUUGUUGGUUGACGUUGCACCACUCUCCAUGGGAAUCGAAACCGCUGGUGGUGUCAUGACAAAAAUAAUUGAAAGAAACACUCGCAUCCCAACAAAGAAUGCUCAAACUUUUACCACAUAUUCCGACAACCAGCCAGGAGUUAGUAUCCAAGUGUUUGAGGGAGAGCGUGCAAUGACGAAGGACAACAAUCUUCUUGGACAAUUUGAACUGUCUGGUAUACCUCCAGCUCCGAGGGGUGUUCCAAAAAUAGAAGUCACAUUUGACAUUGACGCCAAUGGAAUUCUCCAUGUAACAGCCAAAGAUGAAAGCACAGGUAAAUCAAACAAUAUCCGUAUCACAAACGACAAAGGCAGGCUCUCCAAAGAGGACAUUGAAAAAAUGGUUAAUGAUGCCAAAAAAUAUGAAAAUGAGGACAAUAAACAACGAGAGCGCGUAGCGGCAAGAAACAACUUGGAGGGUAUGGCUUUCAACUAUAAAACUGCUGCAACUGAAAAUGAGGCCAAAAUAUCAGCUGAUAAUAAAGACAUUGUAUUGAAUAAGUGUAAAGACAUACUUUCUUGGAUAGACAACAACAGUCUGGCAGAGAAAGAAGAAUAUGAUGAUAAAUUAGAAGAUCUCACUAAAACAUGUUCUCCUGUAAUGGCCAAGUUACAUGGAGGAGCACCUAACCAUGGUCAACAGGGAGGAUCUUCUCAUGCUGGCGGGCCAACUGUUGAAGAAGUUGAUUAAUCAAACAAUAUUGACUGAAUGUGAAUUGAUAUUGUUAUUAGACUAUUCAUUUUUAAGUAUCCGUCAAAAUAUGGAUAUAGUCCAAUUAAACAUAGCAUAGCUAGAUAUACUCCAUAUCACAUUUAUUGUUUAAUAUUCAUGUAAAAUAUUUAUCCUGUAUAUUAUUUAAAACAGAUUAUUGUAUCAUAUAGAGAUGUAGAUUGUAAUAAUAAAAAUUAUGUAGGCUAUGAUAGGAAAUUAUUUU